AUGUUUGCCAAGCUCUCUGCUCUGGUAUCCGGGGCUGGGCUCCCCUUCACGCUCGGUGCGCACCGCGGGGCCGCGUGGGGGCAGUGGCAGCUGUACGACGGGACGUGGAAGGAGGACAGCUCGAGCGUAUCAAUCAUGAAGAUAUCCUCCCGGGACCCGACCGACCGCGCCCUCGAGGCCGCGCGCAACGGAGUCAAGCGCCUGCGCGCUACGAAGCACCCCAACAUCCUCGCAUUCAAGGGCUCCCACGAGGCGGAGGAGAAGGGCGAGGCGGUGAUCUACCUCGUCACGGAGCAGUUCCAGCCGCUGCCGAUGGCGCUGACGGAGAUGCAGCUCGAGCCCGCGGAACGAGAGGACUGGUUCGCAAUGGGUCUCAAAUCUAUAUUUCAGGCGGUGACGUUCCUCUCGAACGACUGCAAACUCAUCCACGGCAACGUGUGCCUGUCGUCCGUCGCCGUCACGACCGACCUCGACUGGAAACUCUUCGCCUUCGACCUGCUCUCGGAGCACACAGGCGCGACGUCCGGUGGAAACUUCCCGCUGUUCGCCGCCACGAUCCUGACCUCGCCGCACCGGCUGCCUGGCGAGGUGGCCAGGGGGGACUGGGACACGGUCGCGCGGUCCCCGCCCUGGGCCGUCGACGCGUGGGGCCUGGGGGUGUUGCUGCAAGAGGCGCACGCCGGGCAGCCCCUCGCGCGGCAGGAGGACCUCCGCAACCUCCAGACGCUCCCGCACGGCCUGCACAAGUCGUACCAGACGCUGCUGGCGUCCACGCCGGCGAAGCGGGCCAACCCCGCGCAGGUCCUGGAGGGGUGUCACCACCUGCGACAGUCGCGCGCCGCCGAGGCGGUGGCGUUCCUCGAGGGCCUCGCGAUCCAGUCGGACGAGGCGAAGGCGGCCUUCUUCAAGCGGCUGCCGUCGACGGUGCUCCCGCACAUCCCGCAGCAGCUCGCCGCGCGGCGCCUCCUGCCGCUGCUGUCUCGCGCCCUCGAGUUCGGGGGUGCGCCGCCGACGGCGCUGGAGUCGCUCCUGGCGAUCGGUUCGCGGCUCGAGCAGGCGGACUUCGAGGCGCGCGUGGUUCCGACGCUCGCGAAGCUCUUUUCGUCGCAGGACCGCGCCCUGCGCGUGUCGCUGUUGCAAACCAUGGACAAGUGCGGGCACCUUCUGAGCGACCACGUGGUGGAGACGCAGAUCUACCCGAACGUCUCCACGGGCUUCUCCGACACCGUGCCGUACCUCCGCGAGAUGACCCUCAAGUCCAUGCUGAUCCUCGCGCCCAAACUCAAACAGAAAACCCUAAUCAACAGUUUGCUCAAGCACCUAAGCAAGCUGCAAGUCGACAACGAGCCCGGCAUCCGCGCGAACGCCACGAUCCUCCUCUCCAACAUCGCGCGGCACCUCGGCACCGCGCAGUGCCGCAAGGUCCUUCUAAACGCCUUCACGCGCGCACUCAAAGACCAGUUCCCGGCAUCGCGGUCCGCGGCGCUCAACGCCCUCGCGGCGACGCUCGAGUACUACACGCCGCGCGAGAUGGCCGAGCGCCUCCUGCCGGCCACCGCGCCCUUCUGCGUGGACCUCGACGGACCCGUACGCCAGGCGGCGCUGCGCUGCGUGGAUGGCACGAUGGCCGUGAUGCGCGAGACGUCGAAGAAGCUCGAGAACGGCGAGGGCGGUAUCGACGCCGCGGCCUGCGAGUCCGCGUCCGCCACCGCGCCCGGCGCGGCCGCCUCCGGCGGUGGGUACCUGUCGUGGGCUGCGGGGCUGAUCAAACCCACGCUCGGCGGCGCGAGGGCGGAGAAGGAGCAGCAGGGCUCCGCCGCAGCUAGCGCGCCGCCCGCAGCGCCUCCGCCGCCGCCUCCGCCUGCGCGGCCGGCUGCGGCGGUGCCGGCGCCUGCGCCGCUGAUCGACGGCGCUGCGGACGACGGCUGGGGCGACGACGACGACGCGUUCGCGGACAUGCUGGGCAGUGCGGCUCCGGCCUCGACGGCCACGGCUCCGGCGGCCAGUGCCGCGCCCCCCGCCGCGGCGUCCAGUGCCACCGCUGGUGGGGACGGGUGGGGCGACGAGGACGCGCUGUGGGAGAGUUUGGCGAGCUCUGGAGGCGGCGGGGCUGCGGCGGCGCCUGCGCAGCCCGCGGCGCGCGGUGGAGGGCCGCCGAUGCGGGCGAGAGCGGCGGCGGGGGGGCGCGGCGGGGGCCGGGCGAUGAAGCUUGGGGCGCAGAAGCUGGGCGUGCAGAAGCUGGGGGCCGCCAAGGUGGACGACGACGCGUUCGGCGACCUGCUAAGCUGA